AUGUUCAAAGGUAUUUCAUUUAUGUUUCCUCUUCCUACUGUGAAUUUAACCAAUAACAGAAUCAAAACCUUAAGAAAUUUAAUAGAACUAAAUGGAGGUAUAAUAGAUUUGAAUCCUCGAACUAUUAUGAUUGUUGGCUCUGAUGCUACAUUAGAAUCUUGCUAGAAAUAAAUACAAAAAAUGAAUUUAGACUUUGAAUAGUAUCGUAUUCAGUUCAUUAAUGCAGAUUGGAUUUCUCAAUCUCUUCAAGCAAAAAAUCUGUUAGAUUUUAAGAAAUUUCAAUUAUUUUUAGAGAUAGAACAACAACAAAAAAGAGUAAGUCCUUAAGCAACAGAUACAAAGUUUGUAUAUGUAGAAUCUUUAGCAAGAACUGUUCCAAUAAAAGAAGAUGAAGAAAAUUAAUUAGAUAUGGAAAGUGGAGAAUAUACUAUUAUUAAACCUGAAUUGAAAGAAAAAUAUGAGAAGAAGAAAUAAGAAUUUAAAAGAUUAAUGAUAAAGGAGCAUAGAUUUUUAUUGGAUUAUGAAUAUGAUAAAGAUUUAGAUAAUUAUCAUCAUCAAGUAGAUGAUGGUUAUGAAUUUUUAUUAGACAAUUUUCAAAUUUUAAAAAAAGAAGAAUUUGAUAUUCCUCAAUAGAAUAAAUUUUAUGGAGAUGAAGAUUGUUAAAUUACAGAAGUUCGUAAACCUUAAAUAGAUUUUUUUUAAGGUUUGGAUAUGGGAAAAGCUAUUAUCAAUUUAGAUUAACCUUUAGUAAAUGCUUAAAUAAAAGAGACUAAAUAAUUUAAUCCAGGAUCUAAAUAAUAAAUACAAUUUUGGGAGAAUAAAAAGGAAUUUUUCAUUUGUGAUGCUGGAUCUGCCUAGAAAUGCUUUAAUAAUUAAAUUAUAGAAGAAUUAGAAAAAUUACUAAAAAUUUAUACAAAUGAAAAAGAUAAAGGAAGAUGUAUUGCUUAUAGAAAAGCUAUUGGUUAUAUAAAGUCAUUAACAUUUCCAAUUAGAUCAAGUGAAGAUUUAAAGGAAAUGCCAACAAUUGGAGAAAAAAUAAAGAAGAAAAUAAUAGAAAUCAUUUAAACUGGUUAAUUAUUAAAAGUAUAAAAGUUAUAAGGAUAAGACAAGAAUGUAGCAAUAACAUAAUUAACUAGAGUUUGGGGGAUUGGACCAACAACAGCUGCUACUUUUUAUUUUAAAGGUAUAAAAACAUUAGAUGAUUUAAGAAAGAAUCAACAUUUAUUAAAUAAAAAUUAAUAAGUAUGUCUACAAUUAGUUGAAGAAUUAGAAUAACGUAUUCCUAGAGAUGAAGCAACAAUAAUUUAUGAAAUUGUAAAAAGGGAAAUAGAUGAUUUAAGUGGAGUGCCUGGAUUAUAUAAAGCUACAGCUUGUGGUUCAUAUAGAAGAGAGAAAGAAAGUUGUGGUGAUAUGGAUAUUUUAAUUACAAGAUGUGAUGGAAAAAGUUGUGAUGGUUUUUUAAUGAAUUUAAUUUAACGAUUAGAAGGAAAACUACUCACUCAUCAUCUUACAUUACCUAAGAAGGGAGAACAUGAUAGUGAAUCUUAUAUGGGGAUUGGAAGAAUUAAUAAUCAUGCAAUUCAUCGUAGAAUUGAUUUAAAAUUGUAUCCUAAAGAACAGUAUGGUUGUGCAGUUUUGUAUUUUACUGGUUCUGAUUAAUAUAACAGAAGUAUGAGAUUAUGGGCAUAAAAGAUUGGAUAUAGUCUAAGUGAUCAUGGUCUCUAUCCUACUUAAAGGGGUUCUCAUAAUAAAAAAUUAUGGAAAGGAGAAGUCAUUGCUUGUGAAGAGGAAAUUGAUGUUUAUAGAAUUCUUGGAUUAUAAUAUAAACCACCUAAAGAGAGAUCAGUAUGA